AUGAACGAAGCACUUACAAAAGCUCCAUCUGAUGAUGAGAUUCAAAGUGCUAUGUUUGAUAUAAAUCCGGAAAAGGCUCCUGGACCAGACGGUAUGACGAGUCUCUUUUUCCAGAAAUACUGGGGCAUCACUGCCGAUGUGGUGCGUGAGACCGUGAAAGAAUUCUUCAGGAGUGGAACACUGGACCCCCGCCUAAACCAGACAAACAUUUGCCUCAUCCCCAAGACUGAGAGACCAAUCGAAAUGGCAGAGUUCAGACCCAUAAGUCUGUGCAACGUCUCUUACAAAGUCAUCUCCAAACUCCUGAGUAAGCGGUUAAAGAAGUGCCUCCCGAAAAUUAUCUCGGAGACCCAAUCGGCCUUUGUAGCCAAGCGUCUAAUCACAGACAACAUCCCUGUUGCUCAUGAAGUUUUCCAUGCCCUGCGGACAAACCCUGGAUGCCGAUCAAAGUUCGUUGCAAUUAAAACGGAUAUGAGCAAAGCUUUCGACAGAGUUGAAUGGUCCUUCCUUGAAGCGCUUUUACUAAAACUUGGAUUCUCUCCGCAGUGGGUCUCAUGGAUCAAACUAUGCAUCUCAUCAGUGUCUUAUCAAGUACUACUCAAUGGGGAACCAAAAGGAAGCAUUACACCAUCUCGAGGCAUUCGACAGGGCGAUCCUCUAUCGCCUUUUCUCUUCAUUCUCCUUACGGAAGCUCUUAUCUCCCAACUCCAAGGAGCGGAACGGGAAGGAAGAAUCACUGGCCUCAAAAUUGCCAGAAAUAGCCCACCCGUCUCCCACCUUCUCUUUGCCGACGACAGCCUCUUUUUCUGCAAAGUCGAUACGCAUCAAUGCUCGGAACUCCUCCGUAUCAUCCAUACAUACGGCCUAUCUUCGGGACAGCAGAUAAAUGUCGCCAAAUCCUCCAUUCUCUUCGGUAGUAAGGUUCCACAAGACAUCAAAGCAGCUAUUAAACAGUCCCUCGGGAUCUCAAAAGAAGGUGGAAUGGGGGUCUAUCUCGGACUACCAGAGAAAAUAUGUGGAAGCAAAAAGCAGGCUUUUGCUUUCAUCCAAGAACGGCUUCUUAACCGUAUCAACUCCUGGUCGGGGAAACUACUAUCCAAAGGAGGGAAGGAAAUCCUGAUCAAGUCCGUAGCCCAAGCUCUUCCCACCUAUGUCAUGUCAUGCUUUCUCUUACCUAUGGAGAUCAUUCGGAAGCUUACCAGUGCAAUUUCCCGAUUCUGGUGGAGCACAAAGCAAAAUAACAAGGGCUUACACUGGAUUGCUUGGAAAGAUAUUUGUAUUCCCCAAGAUAAGGGUGGACUCGGCUUCCGAGAUUUUAGAAACUUUAAUCUCGCCUUACUAGCGAAGCAACUAUGGAGGUUAGUCCAAUACCCCGACUCACUCCUCGCACGAGUCCUAAAAGGAAGAUACUACCGCCUUUCGAACCCACUAGACGUCAAAAAGGCGAGCUCCCCAUCAUACGUUUGGCGAAGCUUGAUGGCCGCUCAACCUCUCUUGAACGCCGGCCUGAGACGCUCGGUAGGCUCGGGGAACGGCACCCUGGUUUGGUCGGACCGAUGGAUCCCGGAUACCACGCCACGACCAGCUCUCCCCCGCGGCCCUUCCUUCGAUCCACAUCUCCGGGUAUGCGAUCUUAUCGACCCCGCGAACUUUGAAUGGAACCUCCUAAAGCUCCGGGACUUAUUAGCUCCCGAGGAUAUCCCCCUGGUUCUGAGCCUGCGAUUACGCCGCUCCAGUCGUCCGGACAGCUUUGUUUGGGCACCCACCAAGUCAGGAGCCUAUACAGUCCAGUCGGGAUAUACUCUUGCUAUGGCAAUGGACUCAUCUCUCGCCACAGUCCCCGUUACCGAGCCUAGUACUACGGCCCUAAAAGCCAAAGCUUGGUCUGUCAAAACGUCAAGAAAGAUCAAACACUUUAUCUGGCAGGCACUCUCAGACUGUGUUCCAGUCUGCAGCCGACUUUCAGACCGUCACUGUAGCAAAGAGAGGAAUUGUCCCCGCUGUGGAGCCGACAACGAGACCAUAAAUCACCUACUCUUCGAAUGCCCACCAUCGGUACAGACAUGGGCUCUGGCUCACCUCCCCCACUCUCCGGGUAUCUUCCCGAGCUCGUCAAUCUUCAGCAACCUAAACCACCUCCUCUGGCUCGCAAAAGAUCUUGGUAUUCCGACCUCUAUCUUGGAGAACGUGCCCUGGAUCUUGUGGUACAUAUGGAAAGCUAGAAACGAUAAACUUUUUAACGGGAAGGACACUUCCCCUCUGGAUACGGUCCAAGUAGCUAUCUCGGAAGCAGGCAACUGGAAGCUGGCGCAAAUCCUACAUUCAAACGAAGAAGAAGUCACGCCACCACUACCGCACGCACAAUCCCCCGGCCCUAGAUGCUCGAUUGAUGCUUCAUGGCAUAAAGACGAUGCACUAUUUGGCGGAGGUAUGGUCCUUUUGAACGAGGAAGGGGACACGAUCACCGGUUCAUUCUCUAGUAACCGGGGUCUCACCCCCCUACACGCAGAGCUUCAAACUUUGCUGUGGACUAUGAAGUCCUCACUUCAAAUGGAUCAACUAGAUAUGACCUUUGAGACAGACUGUCAGCAAAUGGUCAAGAUCAUAACCGACGAAAAAGAAGACGACUGGCCAGCUUUAUUGGUCGAACUUGAAGAGUUUCAUCACCUUCGUUCUAUGUUUAAUUUUUGCUAUCUACGUUUUAUUCCCCGUUCUUGUAAUAUCCGGGCCGAUGCUCUUGCCAAAGAUGCUCGAACUCGUGGUAAAAUCUUUUCCCAUGUAAACCCAAGAAUUCCGAAUCGGAUGGCUCAAACCAACCAAUCGGAAAUUCCUUAA